CCACCCUGCCGCCGCCGCCGCUGCCGCCGGCCGUGGACCCAGUGCUCCACCUCAGUACCUCACCCAUCCCCGUCGCCGGUCACCGGCCCAUCGCAUAUCUAGCCCCGCCGCUAGUCCUCCGGUCGUCCCCGACCUUUUUUCUAUGACCGGAAUGGAGCUCCGGCCCUCAAACCUUGGAACCUGAUCCUAAGUUCCUAACCUCGCCGCCUUGACCACCACCCCGGCCGGACGCUCCCCUCACGUCCCACCGCUCCCUCCCACUCCGGCGACCGAGCAUGGCGGCGCGCGAGCGGUUGGGCUGCUGCCCUGUUCGACUCCCCAAAUCCCAAUCGGAUAGGGGCGAGACCAGAUCACUCCACCUCCACUGUUUGCUUCCCCCUCUUCCUCAUGGAGCCGCCAGCCACCAGCCGCCGCGGCACGGACGACCUCAUCAGCGGCCUCCCCGACGAGAUCCUGCACUGCGUCCUCCUCCUCCUCCCAUCCACCGCAGCCGCCGCGCGCACCAGCCUCCUCUCCCGCCGCUGGCGCCACGUCUGGGCCCACAUGCCCGAGCUCGUCUUCAGCUGGGGCGAUCCGCAGGACGAUCCUGUGCCGGCCUCCUCGGUCUUCCAUGACUCCGUCGACGCCGCCCUCAACGCCUACUCCGCCCCGACCCUCCGACGCCUCGAGAUCCACAUGGACAUACACGCCAGCCUCGUCCCCGCCCACCGUAUCGCCCGGUGGCUGCGCUUCGCCUCCCGGCGCCUCGCCGGAAGGUUAGAUCUCUACCUCCCAGCGCUAGGGGACGAGGAGGGUAGUCAGGGGUUCGAUCUACCUGUCUGUGAGAGGGCGACAGAGAUCAAGCUCUUUCUCCGACCAAAAAUUGUGUUCCGGCUGCCACUAGCCGGUUCCUUCGCGGCGCUGACCAAUCUACGGAUAAUCUUGUCCACCAUGAAUGGUGGCGAGCUGGGACGUCUCGUCUCGUCGCGGUGCCCAUGCCUUCGGAAGCUUUUCGUACUAGUCACGCUGGCCGACGACUGCGAUGUCUCCAUACGCUCCGAAUCUCUGGUGUCUCUCUUCUACUACGCAAACACGGGCAAGCUAGAGAUACACACCCCAUUUCUGGAAAAGAUCUCUGUGUCUCUAGUCGCUGAGGCCUACAUCGUCGCCCCAAAUCUAAAGAAGGUUGCUUGGCACGACGACCCCUAUGAUCCCAGCCGCCACCAGCUUGCUGUGGUCAAUCGCCAUCUGCAACGGCUUUGGAUCAAGCAAACUUCCAUGCUACGGAUGAGGCUAUUUGACACUGUCAAUGAGCUGAGGCUGGAUCUUUCAAUUUCUCAGGGAGUUGAAGGAUACCAGAGCUUCCUAAAGGACACAGACAAGGUUCCUGCAUGUGAAACAUUGUGUAUAAAAUCAUGGACGAAUCCCCAUGCUUUUGCACCAACCAUGUUGCAUCUCCUUGGGCGAUGGAGAUGUACAAGGAAGUUGAAAUUAUAUGUUCAGAAUUGCAGUUAAUCAGUGUUACCUGUAGAAUCUUUUUGUGUCCAGACUGCUCUGCUAAACAAAAGGAUGUAACCUAACACAGCCAAAUUUUUUCAACACUCAUCAAUAGUCUGAGAACUUAUUGUAAUGGCAGGAUAUUGGAAGUUACAACUUUUAGGUCAGUCUAUCUGCUGUGUGAACCAUAUUUGUUUAAUAUUUUGUGAAAUUGCCUUUUUUAUUAUGUUUGCAUUUAUUUAUAAAGCUUGGAGGUUUCUUUCCCUCCAUGUUCAAUAUAUUCAAGGCCUAUUUGACAGCACUCCAAUUCCUGGAUUCAUGCAGGAUAUGGAGUUCAUAGGCUAAAAUAAAUUUGUUUAAGCCUGUAGUUUGAGUCUAAAAUGUAGGAAAAUGGCUUUACUCAAACAUUCCAUUUUUAGUCCUGGCUCUAGGUCCACAGGAUUUUUGUUGGUUUUUUUUAAAUUCUUGAAGCGAGGUAUCCUACCAAACAGGCUCUAAAUUUCAAAAUGUUAGCGUAUGGAACUACAUAGGUUGUUUCUGGAAAUCAAUUGUCUAGUUAUAUGCUUUUCUCAGUCUUUUAUAUUGUACAAAUAAGUGAUAAUUAUUUUUUGGAAUCACUGUUGUUGGAGUGGGCUUGAUGUUAAGAUGCUCCUAGGCUGACAUGGCUAUAAUCAUAAUCUCAACAAAUCAAACUGUUAGAGUAUAUUUGGUAGUUUAGAUAUUGUAUCCAGACUGCCAUACAUAUCCGGUGGGGUUGCCUUGCACCCCAAGUCUUGUACUCUUAUAUAUACCGGCCGAGGCCUCAAGCUAAUACAAUCCAUCAUUACACCAAUUCUAUCCUUUCUACAUGGUAUCACGAGAUUAGGGUUUGAGAUCCUAGGCUAUCUUCCGCUGCCCUAACCCUAGCGCCACCGGCGCCCCUCCUGCCUCCUGCGUGCCGCCGGCCGUCCCCCACGGCUCCCAUCUAGGGCGCCCCCUCGACGGCCUCCUAGCGCGCCCCAUGGAGGUCCCCCAUGACCUCCGCCGGGGGCAGCGCCCUCCAUCGCGGCGGAUCGAGUUAAUCCGCCGCCAUCCUCGCGUCUAGCAGCAGCAGAUCGUGACGUACCUCGUCACCGCCGCCAUGAAAGCUGUCGUCGACGACCCCGAUCUGCGCUGCCGUGGUGGCAGCCGCAGUCUCCUCCGGCGUCCGUGCCCUACCCCGUGCUGCCGUGGUGGCAGCAGGGGCCCCGACACAGCGCGUCGACCUCGUCGCCGGCGGCAUGCAUGACGGCGCCGCCCUUCACCGCGCGGGCUCCAGCCGCCGCAAGGGAGGGAGCCGCCCGGCUUCAACCGCCCCUCCGCGGCCCCUCCCGGCGGGGAGCCGCCCGGCGCAGGACCUCCAGCGCCGCCGCAGGGAGCCGGCCGCCUGCCUCCCUCAUCGCUGUCCGCCGUUCCUCUCUCUCUCACUCUGUUUCUUCCGCUUCAGAUGCGGUCAUUGACCGUGACGGGUGAGAAGGAAAAAGAGGAGAUUGAGAGGAUUGCGCUACGCGCACCCAGAGGUGCUACACGAGCUGCUGCUGAUUUGUUUUUUUGGUAAUUCCUCUGCUUUUUACUCGAGCACUGCUCGAGAUUGAGUCGCCCACCGCCCGUCGACCGCACGCCUCUACUUCGACAUCAGCAUCGACUUCACCGGCCUCUUCUUCGUCUUCGACUGUGCGGCAUAGCGACAUGGACGGUGCCCUAGGGGACGCCCAUCUGUGCCGCCUGCCUCGUCGCCUCGUCCGCACGUCGAUCUUCGCCGGCUCGUCGUCGCCUCCACCGAUCGGGACGCCUCCACCAACUUCUCCCAUCGUCGUCUCGCCUCGCGCAUACUCGGUCUGAUCAGCCGACAUGCGCAAUCCACCUGGCUCCCGUGACAUCCGUCAUCGUAUUGCGCGCCUCUUCCCCGAGUAUGGAGGGUGGUCGCUGCUUCGCCUCUUCGGGCAGCAGCGGUACAGUCCGUGGUGUUCCUCGUCGUUGCAUCUUCACCGCCGCCGACUACGUCCUCGACUUUGUCCACUUCGACCGCAUCUUCCACAUCGUCUACGACUAGGUCAGUGCACGCCUUGCGCGCACAUGGUCUUCCCCGAGCUGUUCGAGUUCGUCGCCUUCUUCGAGCUCCGCCGCCGCGUCCUCCGGAUCAUCAGGCCUUGCGCCAGAUCGUCCGGGGUUACCUCGUCGCUUCGUCCAGCACCACCUCGUCGCCAUCGUCGCCGUCCAUUUCUACCCCUUCGUCUACUCCAGCAACUGCGGGCUACAUCGGCAUCUUCUUCCUCGCCGUUCUUCUGCGCCUGCGACCGUCGUGGAGGCCUUCUCUGCUGGUCCCUUAGACAACGACGUCUUGGUGGUGCACUCUCCCUUGCACGUCCGGUCUUGGCAACACCGGUGCGUGCCAUCGUCCCCGAUGCAUUCACGGGUCUGGCAAACCCGGGGAUGUGUCGCUCGAUGGCGUGUCUGCGUCGACUGCGGCAUCGACUCUCUUCGACUGCCUCGACGUGUCGCCAUCUUCGUCUCCGGCGUCGUCUCCGUUACGCCUCCACAAUGGCGCUUCCUAGUGUGCCCGCGGCUUCCUGUGCGGCUCCUUACAAUCGGCGACCUCGACAGCUCACCAUCGACCACGGCUACCCUACGCAUGACUUCCUCGACCACGGCUACUUGCUCCAGUUUGGCUUCUUCGACAUCGGCACAAAGGGCUACCAUCCACAUGAGUUUCUCGCCGGUUCUCUCCAGUCGCAGCAUCCGCAUUGCGCCGACGCUACAACUGCGGGGGGAUGUCAGUCCGUCGGUUUCUACCUUCGGCUUCUCCUCCAGCCUCACCGUCUGCAGUGCUCCCACUGUGACUGCGGGGGGAUGUUAGAGUAUAUUUGGUAGUUUAGAUAUUGUAUCCGGACUGCCAUACAUAUCCGGUGGGGUUGCCUUGCACCCCAAGUCUUGUACUCUUAUAUAUACCGGCCGAGGCCUCAAGCUAAUACAAUUCAUCAUUACACCAAUUCUAUUCUCUCCUACACAAACUCUUAAUAUGGUAAUGCUUACACAUGCUUGAUAUAUCACAAGUUCACAACUUGAUGUAUGCAUAUCAACAGGGGUCUGAUAUCAGUCAAGUGCAAACUUAACAUAGAUUUUAGAAUAUAACUAUUUUCUGCUAACAUUAUUUUUUCUGGUGUUCAGAAGAUAGAGCGUUGCAGGAUGUCGGGCUGUCCAUGUCGUCUGCCAGAGAGUUACAGGGCUGACAACAUUACCUUUGAUUCACUUGAGGAGAUAGAAAUCAAUAACUUCAGAGGUUCACGUGAACAGGAGAAUUUGGUAAAGUUUCUGCUAUCUAGAUGCAAUGCAGAAACACUAAAAAGUUUGGAAAUUAUCAUGCCGUACCAGUUUGUUUCUUCAAAGAUCAAGGGGGUAUGCGAGGAAAUCCGCAGCAUUUGUCAUCCAAACAGCAAUGUCAAAUUGAAUGUGAUGGGCGACAUGGGGCUGGAGCCAUUUCUGUUUUAAAAUGAUAUUUUUUUUUUUACUCCAGCUAAGAGGAUUCCCUCUAGUAAUGUACUUGCAGUGCUGAGUAGCCUUUAGUCUUACAACUGUAGUCAUGUAAGCCUUGGAAUAGUGCUGAGUUCAUUAGCACCAAACUCUACUAUUGAAUAUAAGUUAACUGCAAAUUUCUAUUAAUA